ACCAUUAUCACAGCUAAAAAAAUUAACAAUUAUUCCUUAACAUCAUCCAAUGUCCAAUGUUUAUAAUUCUCUCAUCAUUCUACUGUGUUUUGAUGGUUGUUUUUCUCAACUGUCUCCCCCAUUGGACCUGACUAGAGACCUGGGAUGCCCUUAGGAUUGCUUCAGUCCUUGUCCAUCACUGUCCAUGUCUUCACCUGCACACAUCCAGGGGAAGACAGUCAUCGCUCUAUAGAUGAGCAAAGACACUGAGGGGUGACCAACCUCCCCCUGUUGCCCCCUGGAACAGGAAGAACUAUUCUCAGCAUGGAUGCUGACCAGGCUCAGGCAAGUGCUCACAGCCCUUACCUCAACUCAUCUAGGGCACCUUUCCAAAAUCCACAUGCAGUCCCUGCUCCCCACCACCAGCUAUUCAGCCACAAUCUCCAAGGAUGGGGCCAGGGGACAAGGUUUGGGGAAUGUGCUUCAGGUAUGUUUCAUGCAUUGCCCUUCUUGAGCUCCAAGUGGUCCCACCAAGAUGGGGGCCUGAUCUUGGUGCCUGAUACCACUCUGAGAAGAGAAAGCCCUGGGGUAGACGACUGUGCCCAGCUGUAGCCUCUGGGAAAUAAAGGUCAAUGUCCGUUGCCAGGGAGGCCUUGACACCAGGUCAACUUUAUGACAGAGUCACCAAAAUAGCCAGUAGCAUUGACAGGGGGAGAAACGGGGUUGGCCCUUUGCUGGAUUAUCCAGGGACCAGCUCUUCAUUGAGGCUUUCCCUCACUUCCUAGCCUCCUCCCUCUGGGCAGUAGUAUGUGACUCUCCGAGCUCCUAGGACUUUUACCUUGUGUCAACCACAAGGUUUAGGUCUGCACCCCACUCUGGCCACUGGCCCAUCACCCUCUUCAAUGCCCUUGACCAAAAUUCCUGGAAGCAAAGGAAACAACAUGCCACACAGGGUCUGAGUGAGCAUCUCCGGGGCCACAAAUUAAAUUAAGUUCUCAGGGCUGCCUGCCUUGUUAUUGCUAAUGGCUCCAGCCUGUCCAACCUCCCCAUCCCUAUCCAGGUCCCUGUCCUGCAGAAAUUUGGGGGUUCUGGGCACCCUCUCUUGUUCCCAAACUUUGAUUAGCACCUGGGGACCUCACCAAAAAUUAGAGCUGGGCACCCCUCUUACAGAGCACCCAAAAACCCAGGUGUAGGGAGAGAGGCCUGAGCUAUGCCCCCACCUUCAUGCCCUGGCUGAAGGCAGCAGUCACGUGUGGGGCCUUCAUUAGACCCUGACAUAUAAGCUGUGGGCUCAGGGUGGCCAGAAACUCUCCAGGCAAGGAUCCAGCAAGCAGAGGUCAUGCUGACUGCAGUGCUGCUGAGCUGGGCCCUGCUGCUGACACUUCCCCCUAUGCAGGAAGCUCAGAGGGGCUUGGCCCCUCUGGAAGGCAUCAGAAGGCCUGACCAGGCCCUGUUCCCAGAGCUGCCAGGCCUGGGCCAGCAGCCUCCACUGAAACGGACAAGCGCAGAACAGUCCAUAGAAGCUCUGCUACAGGAGGCUGAGGCCUUGACAGAGGUACUAGAUCCGGAGGGCCGCGAGCCACGCUCCCCGCGACGCUGUGUAAGGCUGCAGGAGUCCUGUCUGGGACACCAGGUAUCGUGUUGCGACCCAUGUGCCACAUGCUACUGCCGUUUCUUCAACGCCUUCUGCUAUUGCCGCAAGCUGGGUACUGCCACGAUCCCCUGCAGCCGUACCUAGUGGGCCGACGCGGGGUCGAGGCUGGACAGGGGUAGCGAAUAAAGGUUGGGACCAACCCCAA